AUGAGCAAAGCAGACAUCUUCCUACUUUGGCAACAUGUUAUUUCUGCUGGCGACGCUGAGCAGCGUGGAUGCCUAGAGGACUGGGUCAACUUUGGCGCGGCUUCCUUACAUUAUUUUGCCGCCUCCCGCCGCUUCAGCGAUUCUACGUUCAUCUCCAAUCUUCAACGCGCUGUUCGAUCAGCGUCACGAACACUGAUGAGGACCCGCUUACUACUUCGAGGGCGUACCCGUCUGCCAUUCAGACAAUGCCAUCCUGCAUAUGAUUUACGCAGCAGUUGCGGCAUACGGCAUUGUCGGGGCCUCGUAUCGGCGGCUAGAAAACCCUCCAACGAGAAAACCAUCUCUCCCUUGGGCAAAGUUUGGUCUUCCAACAGGCGCAUUGAUAUUGCAAGCGAAGAGCUUUGUGAUGAUGUUUUCGAAAGAGUCAGACCAUACCUCGACGACGACAGGCCGUCUAUUAUACUUGAUAUAAAUCCCGGAUGGGGGGUCCUCUCAGCUAAAUUGAAUGAGAAGCUACAGCCGGACCUCCAUGUGCUCGUCGAGCCUCGUAUCAAAUUGUACAACCGAUACCUGGAAAAGUUGGCGACACGGAAGGGUGUUGAGUUGUAUGGAGAAGACAUUAAAUACGAUUCAGCUUCCAUCGACUGGAUAACGAUUCUAGAAAAGCAUGUGUUCCACACGGAAGCAGCCAAAAAGAAGAAGAACAUCUUGUUUCUUACUAACUUUUCCGAUGAAUCGGUUAAGUUGGUACCUAGCUCCUGGGCGCAACUUCACACAAGAACUCUACUGGAACAUACUGUACUUCGUGACUGGAGGAUGCGCUUUGUAGGAGUCUUUGACAGGGAUGAUGCGGAAUCGAUAUAUCCCCAUAGUGUCGGUCCUAGGAAAAAAGUGGCUAUCCAAAACGUGGCUGCUGUGCGGCAUGCUUUCUACCUCGCCGAACAUGACAACCGUGAAGCGAUUUCAGUACGAGGAUAUGAAACAGUUACUAAAAGUAGCGCUGCUGCUCUUAAAAGAGCUGCUGAAGCAAACAUCACAACUCCUGCAGGUCGCGAGCCUGUUCACCACGAGCCGAUAACCGAAUUCCCCGUCUCUGUAAAUAGCCCGGAUAAACCUCGAAGUUACACCGAAAAUGACCUCUAUCCGUCAGUACCUUUAUUCAACCACCGCAAAGAUUUCAAUGCUAUACAGGAUGAGUAUGUUGAAUUACUUGAAAAGAGCGGUCAGUCCGUCAUGAAACAGACCGGCAAGAAAAAGACCGCAGAGAAGACUACAGGAAACAGCACUACAAACGGGAAAGUCUCAGAAAUGAAACUAAAGAAACUACGCACGAAAUACAAUGACGCUUAUGCGCAGUACUGCUUUCACUUGAGAAAUUGGGACAAUGCCACGACACUGAACGAACACCAGAACAAGAUAGACCGUCUUGAGCUAAACCUCGAGGCGGCAUGGAUGGAUCCGACCACACCCCCAGAGAUGCUCAGAGAAAUGAACUCUAUGCUUAGAAAGUUGAGGAAAGCGUUCGACGUGCUGCUCGACAAUUCUACAGUCCAGGCGCAAAAUUUGUUGAGACCAUAUAUUGACAACUACCGAGUGUCGUCGGGUACCUCACUACAGCUCGUAAAGGGCUCCAACUUGGCAUGGGAUUAUCGACCAUUUGAGCCUUUGUUGAUCCGACCAGGUGAUACGUUCAGAAACUCCAGGGCAUGUUCGAUCUUUUACAUGGAGCCCAAAAGCCCUGACGAAAUUUUAGACACACUGUCUAUCAAAGUCGCCCAUGAAAGGCUCGUAGAGGGCAUCGAGAUGGCUCAUAGCGUCAUACACUCGUUCACUACUCGCGCCUCGGAGCCCAUCAGCUUUAUGCUCCAGAAGUUGUUUCCCGCGGAGACGUGUACCGAUACUAUUAAAGCCAUUCCUGAGCUUUUCCGCUAUAUUCCCAAGCAACUCCGCGAAUCUGCCAUCCAUGCCUAUCCCUCCGAUGCCGGACCAAGUGGGACUAACCAACCUCCUCCCUCUUCAGAUCGGCCCUUACCAAUGUCGGUAUAUGAUGCGUUCGAGUAUCUUCCCCAGCAGAAGCAUCUGAAUUGUGUCUCACCAUCGGUGCUGUUCAAGCUGCUACGGAGAUAUAUGAUUUUGAUGCCACCGUUUGCAAGAUCAUGCCUCAUGGUUCAUAGGAGCUUGGGCGGCACAGCUUCCCAGACGCUUAUCCGUCAAUGGCCCCCCGAGGAUGAGUAA